AUGGCCUCCACCGCCCAGCUUCUCGGCCACCUCGCCGGCUCCACCGCCACAGCCAGCCUUAGCUUCACGCCUGUCAGCGGCGGCGGCAGCAGCAAGGUCAGGUUCCUGCCGGCGACGGCGCAGAGGCGCCGCGUGGUGGCGCGCCCGCGGGCCGCGGUGUCCGGCGCGGAGAAGGAGAAGGCCAAGCCGGCCGAGUCCGGAAGCAAGGAGGACGAGCGCGUGGUGCAGGUGCACAGCGCGGAGGAGUUCGACAGCGCGCUCCAGAAGGCCAAGAACAGGCUGGUGGUGGUGGAGUUCGCGGCGAGCCACAGCGUGAACAGCAAGCGCAUCUACCCGUGCAUGGUGGACCUCAGCCGCACCUGCGGCGACGUCGACUUCCUCCUCGUCAUGGGCGACGAGUCGGAGGCCACGCGGGAGCUGUGCCAGCGGGAGGGCAUCACCCAGGUGCCGCACUUCUCCUUCUACAAGGGCACCGAGAAGGUGCACGAGGAGGAGGGCAUCGGCCCCGACCAGCUCGCCGGCGACGUUCUCUACUACGGCGACAACCACGCCGGCGUCGUGCAGCUGCACAACCGGGCGGACGUGGAGGCGCUCAUGGCCGAGAACAGCGGCGAGGACGGCAAGCUGCUGGUGCUGGACGUCGGGCUCAAGCACUGCGGGCCCUGCGUCAAGGUCUACCCCACCGUCGUCAAGCUCUCCCGCUCCAUGGCCGACACCGCCGUCUUCGCGCGCAUGAACGGCGACGAGAACGACGCAUGCAUGCAGUUCCUCAAGGACAUGGAGGUCGUCGAGGUGCCCACCUUCCUCUUCAUCAGGGACAAGAAAAUCGUGGGCCGCUACGUCGGCUCCGGCAAGGGCGAGCUCAUCGGCGAGAUCCUCCGCUACCAGGGCGUCAGGGUCACAUACUAA